GCCUCACAAGGUGGAUCAGUUGAAAGGAAGCCACAGCUGCAGUAAAAGUGAAGUCAGUGCUUAUGACAGCCAGUAUUGCUGUAAGUCAGCACACGAUCAGAACAGCUACUAACACCUUCCUUGUGGAUUGUGCAUUUCUUCUGGGAAAUUGACAACAACAAAAAGAUACAAGAUACAGGGGCAGCGAAUUUGGACCUUGUGGGGAGUGCUUACAUGAGAAUCUUCUCUUCUGAGUGAGUGUGACUUGUUGAGUACUGUUUGUGUUCUCUAGCAGGGGGUGAAGUGACUGCCAUGCCGACUGACAUCGCCCACACUCCAAGCCUGCAGCCAGAGGUGAGCUCCUCUCUGCCCCUGAGAAUCCUCAACAAGGGGCCCGGUUACCUCCGCAGGCAGAUGGAGGGUAACAACCGGGGCCGGGUCAGCGCCGUGGAGAGACUGGCGGCCGACAAGGGCAAGUACGUGAAGAGCCAACAGGUGAUGGGCUGCAAGCAAGAGCCGGCAGGCUUCGGCAGCUCGGGGGCUUCGGAGGGCAGCAGCAGCGGCGGCAGCAGCGGCGAGAAGCCGCCAUGCUCGCCCAUCUCCGGCCACCUCUUCCAGACACCCUUCCAGCGGGACAUGGGGCCGGCCGGCGCCGUCCGCCGCUCUAAGAGGCAGAUGAGGCCGGACUCUCUGGUCAUCUACCGGCAGAAGUGCGAGUUCGUGAAGGGGGCCAGCAGCGGCGAAGGGGGCGGCAGGGCGAACCCCAGCCUUGUCAGGAGGCUUUUCCAGGGCUCCGGCCGGGACAAGCAGCCGGCAUCCCCCGAGGUGCCCAAGGUCAUCAUCAAGGAGGGCACCUUGGCCGAGAGGGGCUGUGCCGCUGGCCUGCAGCCCCAGGGCGGGGCCAGGGCAGUAGCCGCAGCCCCCGAGCAGCUCCAGAGGAGGGGCCUGCACCGCUCCCAAUCCGACAUCAGCUCCCGCUACUCCAAGGCCUACUCGGAGUUUGACAGCUUCUUCAGGUACUGCGGCCUGGAGCCCGAGGUGAUCGAGGACCUGGGCCGGGAGAACUUCACCUCGGCCUCCGACAGCCUGGCCCUCCGCGUCCGGAGUAUCAGCGUGCCCGACUCGGAGAGCGACUUCUCCCGGCACAGCGGCGACCACGAGCGGCUGCUGGAGGAGGCGCUGAGCGAGCACCACACGCCCUCCUCCAGCCUGUCUGUCAUCGAGCGCAACGCCCGGGUCAUCAAGUGGCUGUACGGCUGCAAGAAAGCCAAGGAGUCCAAGGCUGCCGAGCUCGUAUAGCGCCGCCCGCUUCCCGGCUGUGUGUGUGUGUGUGUGUCUGUCUGUGGCUGAAUGCAAACAGAUGCUGCAAAUGUGAACCAGGAGCAGCAGCGAGCGCUGGGCGUCCACAACAAGUCCGCUCUCACCUGAGGGAGAGAACGGUUUCGUCUCAGGUGGAGAUGCUGUCUCCCCGCCCUUAACCUCGAAACAGUUCCCGCGGAGGGAGGGGAGAUUUUCUUCUUUUAAAUGUAUAUCUAUCUUUUGACAGAUUUAGAAAUAUUCUGACGGCCUCAGUUCAGGGUUUCGGAACAGGUUACUGCAGUACCGACUGGUUUAAUGUAAAGGCAAAAUGCUGUGGAUGCUGGAAAUCUGAAAUAAGAACAGGAAAUGCUGGAAAAACUCAAACAGGUCUGAUAGCAUCUGUGGAGAGAAGACAGAGUUAACAUUUCAAGUCCCUUCUUCAGUCAUACGGACACGAAACGUUAAUUCUGCCUUUCUCUCCGCAGAUGCUGUCAGACCUGCUGAGUUUAUCCAGAUUGAUUUAAUGUAUUGUAUUUAAAGUGCAGUGAAUCCUUGGAACUCUGAGGGAAGCAGAAUAUAAAUAUUCCAGCCAAUUGGCCAAGUUUAUAAUAUUUAAGCAAAAUAAUGAGGAUACUGGAAGUCUGAAAUAAGAACAGAAAAUGCUAGAAAAACUCGGCAGGUGGGACAGCCUCUAUAGAGAGAAACAGAACUCUGUUAACUAAUGU